AGUCAAAAGUACUCGAGAGAGCCCUCGAAUUGCAAGGUUGCGUGUACAGGUAAUCCUGUAUGUACUUUGAACAACCAAAGUACAGAGGGAAUUCCGGCACUUGAAACGAACCUUCUCAUUGAAUGGCACAGGUGACUGACUCCAGCACCACAACAACCACCGCGACCACGUCGCCUUAUUCAACAUCAUCCUGCUCCUUCACCGGGCUGUGAUUGCAUUUUCGGCAACCACGCAACCAUUUGGCUCAUGAUUUUCUGCCACAAUCUAGUGCAAACUGACAUCCGUGCCCAGUAAAAAAUUGUCCACACACGAGUAUGAGUUGCCACAACUUACAAAAAUGAAGAGUUACUGUUUGGCAUACUUUUUCUGGCUUUUUGGGGGCUUUUUGGGGGCACAUCAUCUUUACCUCAGACGUUACAAACAGGCGUUCGUUUGGUGGUGUCUUCCAGGGGGAUACUUUGGAGCGGGAUGGUUCCGAGAUGUCUGGCGGAUACCCGAAUACGUUCGGGAGGCCAAUAAUGAUGCCGAAUAUUUGAAAGAUCUCUCCGAAAUUAUGCGCAAAUAUCCACGUCCACCUAUUUCAUUUGUGCGGAUUUUAGGCCAACUCUUGUUUGGAAACAUCCUCAGUGUGGUCCUUCACUUGGGGAUUCCCAAUAAAGAAGAUUUUGGCCUUGAUUUAGAAUUCUUACCCAUGAUCUUAGCCCCCGCUGCCACAGCUUUAGGAAUUUGGGUGGUGGGGAAUAUCGGAAGACAACAAGGGUCUCUUCUUCCGCCCAUCUUGGCUUGCUACAGCGUUCAUUUGUUGAGAUUUAUGGGAUUUUCCAGCAAUGCUUGGAUCUGCUUAGCUGGGAUCGUCGCCUUCCAGUGGAAAUCUCGCCAAUGGUCCAGAAAAAUCAAAGAACCUGAGCCAUUUUGGCGAACCACUCUCAUCCUAGUGAUUUGUGCUUUGAUGUAUUCAUCCCUAUGGACAUCGUAUGUUUAUUAUAACAUGCGCGUGGUCACAAAGGAGGGUGACGAAAUUCCAGUUCGAGACGCGAUUGGAAAUUUCCUUAAAUCUCCAGCUGUCCAAGAGUUUUGGCGCAAUUUAGGUGCCUUGUGGAACCACGCAUGGGCGCACGGGUUCAUAUCCACGUUCCAACAACUCAUAGACAGUCUGGAUCCAUUGGGCGAGAAAAAUGCUCUCAAGAUGUUGGAUCUGAAACAAGGCGCAUCUCAGGAAGAAAUUCGGACCAAAUAUCGAGAAUUAUCGAAGCGUUGGCAUCCGGACAAAGUCACCAACGAAGCCGAGAAGGAUCAUGCUCAGGCAAAGUUUUUGGAGAUUCAACAAGCUUACGAACGGCUCUCCGAUAUCAAAUCUCGACGUUCUCGGCGAAAUAAAUUGUCUGCUUAAUACGGCACUAGACCUUAGUAAUAGUAUGUAAUUUAGAUAAGGUUUAAACGAUAAAUACAGCUUGACCAAGUUUUUGACUUCAAA